CUGAUUGGCGCUUCUGCAGGAGCCGGGUGGCGUUCAGACCCCGGAUUGGUGGGCGGGCCCGUCAUGUUCGGUCGGCUGGAGGCCGGAGUCCGGAGCCCGGAGCCGGGAUGAGUUCGUUCGAGGGGCGGAUGGCUGAGUACCCCGGCGUAGCCAUCGAUAGGUUCGACAGGAACAACCUGCUGGCCAAGGCUUUCUUCCUCUCUCACUGUCACAAAGAUCACAUGAAGGGAUUAAGAGCUCCUGUCCUGCAGAGACGGUUGGAAUGCAGUCUAAAGCUGAGACUCUACUGUUCACCUGUCACAAAGGAGAUUCUGCUAACAAGUAAAAAAUAUAAAUUCUGGGAGAAUUAUAUCACUGCUGUUGAAGUUGAAACUCCAACUCAGAUCUCCUUGACUGAUGAAGCAACAGGAAAGAAAGAAGAUAUAGUUGUGACUCUCCUACCUGCAGGACACUGCCCUGGAUCGGUGAUGUUCCUGUUUGAAGGGAUGGGUGGCACUGUACUGUACACAGGAGACUUCCGAUUGGCUAAAGGGGAAGCAGCUCGUUUCGAGUUCCUGCAUUCAGGAGGCAGAGUGAAAGACAUAUCGACGGUGUAUUUAGACACAACAUUUUGUGACCCACGAUUCUACCAAAUCCCAAGCAGGGAGGAGUGUCUGAAUGGAAUUCUGGAGUUGGUUGGAAGCUGGAUCACACUCAGUCCCUACAACGUGGUGUGGCUAAACUGCAAAGCUGCCUACGGGUACGAGUAUCUCUUUACUCACCUCAGUGAGGAGUUUGGUGUCCAGGUUCAUCUUAACAAGCUGGACAUGUUCAAAAAUAUGCCAGAGAUUCUAUAUCAUGUGACAACGGACAGACUGACACAGAUUCACGCCUGCAGAUACCCCAGGGACGAAUACUUUGCUCGCGGAAACAGGCUUCCGUGUGGAAUCAAGGCCAAGGAUGGGACUCCACUUCGUAUCAUCUCCAUCAAACCUUCCACAAUGUGGUUUGGGGAAAGGAUGAAAAGCACCAGUGUCAUUGUCAGGACUGGGGAGAGUUCGUACCGGGCCUGUUUCUCAUUUCACUCCUCAUUCAGCGAGAUUAAGGAUUUCAUCUCGUACAUACAACCUGUGACCAUCUAUCCGAAUGUGGUGCCCAUUGGCAAGACAUAUGAAGAGAUUAGGGAGUUUUUGAAGACAUUUUGCAGAAAGGGAUCAGGGCAGGAAACCACCUACAGGCCACUGGGAAAGCUGAAAAGGUUGAGGCAGAAUCUCUUAAAUCAAGAAGACGCAGACUACCGGGACUUGUUUGAUGACUGCCAUCCAAUUCCAUCAAAGCGAGUAUCGUGCGCUCCACAACACUCGCCACCCACUGGGGAAACCCCUGAACACAACGGAGAAGUGCUCACACAUGGUGCCAAUGAGCAGAUCAUCUGCCAAAAUCCUGAGUUCUUCGACUGUGAGGAGUCAAACGAUGAGGACGAAGAUGACGAGAUUGAGGAGGCUUGCGCUAAAGAUGAUGCAAGCUUGACGCGGUGUCAAGAGCCUGCCGAUCCCACAGAGCGGCGGGAGAUGGGGACAGUGGCCUGUGAGACAGACACACCUCCUUGGGGCUUGUUUUUCAAGCAGGAGCCAGCUUCGGUAUCCGAAACGGACGAGGGUUUGGAAAACGUUGGGGAACGAGAGGUCAGUCCACACUCUCCCAAGCUCUUCAGCGAUUCCGAAGAUGGAGAUUCCAUCUUCUUCCCCUCACAAACUUCAUCCCAGUCAACCCACAUAUCGGAGCAAGGCAGUCAGGGCAGCUUGUUUGGAAAAGAACCUGUGCAUGCCCCAGACAACGGAGUGGACUCUGUGAAGUUCCCAAACAGUAAUGACAAAGCAACACUGAACUUAAUGAGACUAGAGAAAGUUAGCACUGGAGAAGAACUGCAGAACUAUGAAGCUCCAAGCUGUCCAUCAAACAGUGAGUGCAGUUCCCACCCAGUGCUCAGUGUCAGCAUUAAGGAUACAAAUACAAAUACUGCCUCUCACCUCCCAGGAGGACGAGAACAAAACGUGACUUCUGGUUUUAAAUCUGAUGACUCUCAGACAUCCUCAGAGUUUGAGAUACCGUCCACCCCGGACUCUGAGUUACCACUGGCCAAGGAACUGAAUGUCAUUUACUGUAAAUUAGCUGCGGGAGAGGCUGUGAAAACCGAAAAACACAAACACACGAGUGGCUGCAAAUUGUAGUGCAUGUCUGCCGCUGGUGGGGAUGAGAGCACGGGAGCUAAAGUGAAGUAGAAAACCCAGAACUUCAGUCAAAUGGCUCUCGUUUCUCUGCACUGAUGCAUAAUUUGGGUUAUUUUUGGGAAAAUAGGACUUUCGUCAUCUAUGCUGUAGGAAUGCAGGAGUAGACUGCUUGGCUCCUUGUGUCUGCUACCCAGUUUCAUAAGAUAAUCUUCCAUGUACGCCCUUCUGUAAGAACUUACCUCCACCUCCCCCUUCAGCACCAAUCCCUUAUCACUUGUUUCCCUUUAGAUCCAAAAAGCUUCUCUAUUUACAGCCCACAAUACACAAAACGCUGGAGAAACUCAGCAGGUCAGGCAGCAUCCAUGAGCAGUCACCAUUUCGGGCCAGGACCCUUCAUAAGGACUGAUGAAGAUUCGACCAUUCAUUUGCCUUCAUAAAUGCUGCCUGAUCUGCUGAGCUUCCCCAGCGAUUUGUACCUGGAUUGCUCCAGAUUUCCAGCAUCUGCAGAAUCUCUUAUGUCUAUCCGUGGCCCAAAUAUGCUCUGGUCUUUUUAAAGACUCUCCACCUCAGUGAAGAAAUGUCUCCUUGUCUCUGCCCUAAAUGGCCAAUCUCAUAUUCUGAGAUUAGUGACCCCUGGUUCUAGACUCCUCAGUUAGAGAAGCAAACCCUGACAACCACUCCUCUUUAAUGAGAAUCACCCCUCAUUCUUCUGCCCCCCCCACGACGUCCUGUCUGCGUAACUUCUCUUGAACCCUACAUAUCUCUCCCUCUCUCAUCAACAAUCGUCGCAAUUUACAGUAUCCACUUAAUUUACCAACCUGCAUGUCUUUGGGAUGUGGGAAGGAACAGGAGCAACUGGGGAAAACCCACCUGGUCACAGAGAGCAUGCGGACUCCACGUGGACAGUGCCUGCGCUCAGGAUUGAACCCAGACCCCUGGUGUUAUGAGCCAGUGACUCUACCCUCUGCACCACUGUUCUAACUUGUUUUAUCUUUCUGAAUUUGCCCUCCUCACCACUAACACAUGCAGUUGUGCACACACACAGGCAGUCACAGUUGCGCAUGCACACACACCAUACACAGUCUCUCACUCACUUGUGAAUGUAUUCGACAGUCCCCAUAUUGUCUGUCUCUCUCUCACACACACUGCAGUCUCUUACUCACAUGGUAUAGAGUCAUAGAAAAGUACAGCACAGAAACAGGCUCUUCAGCCCAUCUAGAACAUUAAAACUGCCUACCUCCAUCGACCUGCACCGGGACCAUAGCCCUCCCUAACACUACCAUCCACGUACCUAUCCAAACUUCUCUUAAACUUUGAAAUCGCGCUCACGUGCACCACUUGCGCUGGCAGCUCAUUCCACACUUAAGACUCUCUGAGUGAAGAAUUUUUCAGCUUUCACCCUUAACCCAUAACUUCUAGUUGUAGUCCACCCAACUUCAGUGGAAAAAGCCAGCUUACAUUUACCCAAUAUUUACCCCUCAUAGUUUUGUAUACCUCUAUCAAGUCUCCUCUCAAUCUUCUAUCUUUCAAGGAAUAAUGUCCUAAACUAUUCAAUCGUUCCUUUUCACUCAGGUCCUCCAGACCAGGCAAUAUCCUUGUAAAUUUUCUAUGUCCUCUUUCAACUGUAUUUACAUCUUUUCUGUAGAUCAGUAACCAAAACUGCGCAUAAUAUUCCAAAUUAGGCCUCACCAAUGUCUUAUACAACUUCAACAUAACAUUGUGACAGUAUUUUGAUAUAUGAAGACUAAUAUGCCAAAAGCUUUCUUUACAACCCUAUCUACCUGUGAUGCCACUUUCAAUGAAUUAUGUACCUGUAUUCCCAGGUCUGACUUGAAGGGGGUGAGUAAUUAUGCAAUCAACUAUUUUGUGUUUAAUAAUUGUAAUAAAUUUUAGACCAAUUUGUAGAAAUUUGUUUUCACUUUGACACGUCUUUUUUUUAUUGAUCAGUGUCAAAAAAGUCAAAUUAAAUCUUUGAUUCAAUGUUGUAAAAUUGAAUGGAAUUGACUUUA